AUGCACGCACCAGACUUUGGCGUCAUUGUCCUUGCAGGAACGGCGCUGUCGCUGGCCAUCCGCAGCGCGGUGGUGGCGCGGUCGACCGAGGAGAUCCAGCGCAACGCGGCGGCGGCAGGCGAAGAGGCUGCCAAGGCCAUUGCUCUCGAGUCGCGCAUCGUCGACGCGCUGGAAGCUGCUGUUGAUGCUGGUCUGGCCCCGGCUCAGCUCACCGGCCUGGCUGCUCAGGCCUGGGCCUCGCAUCACAGGGCCGAUGCGCCUGAUGACGCGCCCGUCCUCCCUCAAGCGCCUCGCCCGCCGCGGGUCAUCUGGUAA